AUGUAUAUUCCCUAUUUACCAAAUUGUCCCGUUUUUGUGUUUGAUGGCAAAAAUAAUUUUGAGAGUUGGUAUCAACAGAUGAAGAAUUUUUUCAAUGUUGUUGGGCUAUGGUCCAUUAUUGAUACAGGGUUCGUGGAAACCCCAGAAGGCACAACAUUGACCGAUGAAGCAGCUAAAGAUUUGGAGAAAAAUAGACAAUUGGAUUAUAAGGCACAUUUCUACCUUAACAGCAAGGUCCAAUUGCAUGUGUACAAUAAAUUUUUACAUGCAAAGUCGGCAAAGGAGGCUUGGAAAAUUUUAGUAAAUUCACAUCGAGGUUCCGCAGAAGUAAGAAAAGUCAAAUUACAAGAGCUUAGAAGACAGUACGAGUUGGCCCAAAUGAAACCUACAGAGUAUGUCAAAGAAUUCUUUACAAGAGUUAUUGAUAUUGCCAAUGAUAUGACGACUAAUGGAGAAGCAUUAGACCAAGUUAAAGUUGAUGAAAAAAUAUUGCGGUCCUUGAGUAUAAAAUUUCACACUAAGAAGACGGUUCUUGAGGCAACCAAAGAUCUUAGCACUUUGACACUUGAUGAUUUAGAAGGUGAACUGGUGACAUAUGAGAUGUCCCUGAAUCAACAAACAACUGAAACAGUUGAUGAGGCAUUGCAAGCAAAGGUGAAUCAACCUAAAGAAAAAGAAGAAACAUCAAAUCUGGCUGAAACAAAUCAACGAGGUCACUAUUUUAGAGGUAGAGGACGAGGUGGUAGAGGUGAUUAUCGAGGUCGUGGUAGAGGUAAUUUUUCCUAUCAACAGAGAAAUGAUAAUAAUUUCAGGAGGGAACAACAGAGUAAUCAAAAUUUUCAAAGACGUGAUAAAUCAAAUGUUCAGUGUUAUAAUUGUGGAAAAUAUGGACAUUAUCAAUGUAAUUGUUAG